UUCGGAUGACAUCAAUGACAAUUGACAAUGUAUUUUAUUAUAAAAUAUUUUGACAUUUUACUGACUUUCCAUCAAUUUCUGUUGAUUAAAGUAAUUUUAAUGUUAUUAGAUAAUCAGGAUUAGAUUUUAUAAGAAAAUACGAUGUAUAGUAAAAAGAAAACAGUUAAGCGCCAUGAUGUGAUAUAUUCAAAUAACUCAAGAGCAGCUAUUCCUAAACGGGGAUAUUACUCAGAAUUGGUGUCUGAUUUAACAAAAGAUGACCCUACCAGAGAAGUUUGCGCCAAAAAACGGAUGAAAUUAAUUUUACAGGCAAAAACGGAGAAAUUGGCUCCAACACUGAUAUCGCUACCAAAACCUCAAAAACCGAAGUUACUCCUGCCACCUGGUCGUUGGACUACAUACAAGGAAGAUGAUAGUAUUCAAUUUCCGUUUGAGGCGUUUGUGCCAAAACUUCAGUUCCUGGCGGUGGUGCUGCCAAAGGAGCUGCCUCGUCUUGUUAAGAUUGAACGGCUACGGAGGAAAUUCUUAGCUGCCAAUCUUAAGAAAAUGCUACGAGAGGAAGGCAUUCAACCCUACUGGUUGCUUCCUCCAGAGGAAUAUGAGCUAACAGACCAGCAGUACUAUGGUCUGUACAGUCCGUUCCCCAAGUUGCCUUUAGAAGUCUUUGAUAACACAGACUUUGACUGCCGUAUUCCUGAGGAAUGGCUGAAUUUGGGACUAAUUGAGGGAGAACAAUACCCAUGCCCAGCUUUGGUGUUUGUUCCCAAGGAAACAAACAAAACAUUUAAAGUGUCUGCGGACAUCAUACAAAUGUUGAACAAUCUUUAUGAGUGGACAAAUGCGGCUGUGUUCAGUUUUGACAAAAAUACAGAUUUGUGGGAGAUUAUGGUUCUAGACGGCACAAAGCGGCGAUUCAAGAUUCCUAGAAUACGAUUGAUGUUCAAAGCAGACGACCCGGAAAAUUUUACACAACGUGUCAAGUUUGCGGUGGAUUUGCGCAAUGAAGUCGAGAACAAUUUGAGAUUCUACCUUUAUCUGGACUGUUUGCUCCUUGAUGGGUUACGAUUGAUGCCUCUGCAUUAUAUGCCGGAAAUCUUGAGAAUGGUUCGCAUACAUAAACAAGCUAAAGCGCUUGACGAAGAGCAUCUUAAUCAGCUGAAACUGGAGUCAGAGUAUUUAUACCGGAAAAUGGAGGGGAAGAUGAUGAUUACAUACACGAUACAGCAGUCUCCGGAUUUCUACAAUUUUAUUAGACCGCCUACUGCUGACUACGUGGCGCCUGUACCUGACUAUGGCCGAUAUCCUUGUGUUAUGGAAGAUUUCAAUGAGCGAAUGAGAUACAAUCAAUGGUAUUCCUUGUACGUGCUUUUUGAAUCUGUUACGUGCAUUCAUAUGGUGGUCGACGAAUGCUUGAAAGUGGAAAGUAUGUUAUUCUUUACGUACAAUUAUGGAAGGAAUGUCAGUUUGGCUGAGUUCGAUGCAGCCCAGCAACAUGCCACGUCUAUGUUGUUGAAAUACUUAAACAUACAAUGGUUGAACAACACGGCGCAUGCGAUCCGGAUGUGCUUCAGAGACGUUGGCAAAGGCUGGUUCAACAUAUACGAGAAGAUGUGGCCCUUUUAUGAAGUUAGCAAAAUGUGUCGGUUUAUGCAGCUCGUCCGAUUUAGAAUGCAGUACGCUUUGCGAUACUGCAUUGAGCAAUCAAUGCUGAUGUUCACGACGCUAUGCGAGACUCCCUGUCUGUGCACGUACUGGUGUCAAGAUGACUACAAAUGGGACAGCUCGGAUCUCAUCAACACCCCCUUCCGAUCCCCUACGACUACCCUCUUCUACUUCUACCUCCUCAUGUCGCAGGAUGGACCGUAUUAUUCUACUGAUCCCGCGCAAUUUGAAAUUGUCAUCCAGCGGUUGUUUCGCGAGAUGCUCUAUCGGUGCCAUUUUAUACCUCAAGUGCAUCCCAUGAUUAUGACUGGUUUGGUCUUCGACAAGGAGUUGUUUUUGACUUCCAUAGGUUUGAUGGAACAGAACGUUUGCGAGUUUCGCGAAAGACUUUUAAAGGCGUAUCGGAAAGCUAUCAUCCCGCUUAUAGCCUACAUGCAUCAGUAUGACUGUUACAGGGACAUAUAUGUACUCGAGAUUGAACCCUACGUAGAAAAUUACCGAGAGGAGAAGCACAAUGCAUCGGAGGUCCGAGAAGAAGUACAGAUGCACUAUGACGCUAAAUGGGAUCUGAUAUGGCGGCUGCCACAGUACAUUAAUAUUGGUCCUUUCGCACUCAACAUAGAUACCUUAAAGCAACAACUGGUCCAAAAGCGUACGGACAUAAUGAAGGCUUUGCUCGCCAUGUGGGCAGAGGAGAUCCGCUUAGUGGUCGAUGACGUCAUCCAGGCCUACAAAACUAUCAUGAGGAAACUCGCGGAGAAACCCAACACGAUAGAACACGUGUUUGAGAUCAGGGAGUGGAUGGAGUCUAUACCAUUUGCGCUGAAGACACAGGAAGAGAUUAUGAAGAAAGUUCUCUCUGAUUACGAAGUGUUGGAUGUUUUUUACACGCCUUUGGAAAACGACGAUUUUAGAGCUCUGUGGGAAGCUAUUGGUUGGCCGCUACAAAUUACUAAGCAGACAGAGGCAACAUAUGACUUCCUAGAGGAGGAACAAGAGAAGUUCUGGAAGCUUCACUUGCAAGACGAGCAGACCAUGUACGACAAGAUUGAUAUGUUCACCGCGCAGUGCAUGGCGCUCACUCUGCAGACAGACUUUUCUAAGGUGCAUGAAAUAGCGAAUGACAUCAAAAAGGCGUGGAAAGGUAUGAAGGACGCCCAAGAUUGGGGCCGAGUCCUCAACCAGAGACAGAAGCUGUUCGGGGUGCCAGUUAUACCCUUCGCUGACCUUAAUAAACUGAUUAAAGAGUUUGAGCCAUACAGAAACCUGUGGGUUACUGCUUCUGACUUCCUGAAAGCCCAAGAGGUGUGGUACGACAACCCACUAAUGUAUGUGGACGCGGACUCCAUAGAGCCGCUGGUGAACGAUUACUAUAGGACAAUAACCAAGUGCGUCCGCACCUUCCACGACAUGCCGAAGAUCCAAGCAGUUGCCAUCGCUAUAAAGGAUUUGAUGGAUGAAUUCAGACCUCUGAUACCGAUCAUCCAAGUGGUCAGAAAUCCUGGUAUGAAGGAAAGGCACUGGGAAGAAUUCAUGCAGAGAGCUGGUAUAUCUGUAACUAUGAACGAUAAGCAGACGUUCAACAUGUGCCUGAAGCAAGGCGUGGGCGCUCACGGUGCACUCAUGGCUGAGAUAGGAGAGCUGGCGAGCAAAGAGUACGUCAUAGAACAAGCGCUGGAUAAGAUGCUCGGAGACUGGGCCAACAAGACCCUUGAGCUGACGCCUUAUAAGCAGACUGGCACGUACAUUAUGAAGAUUGCCGACGAGACAUUACAGUUACUGGACGAGCAUUUCCUACAAACGCAGCAAUUAGGCUUCAGCCCUUUCAAGGCGGCCUUCGAACUGCGCAUCCAAGAGUGGGACGACAAGCUACGUCUCACGCAGAAAGUUGUCGACGAAUGGAUCGAGUGCCAGAAAGAGUGGAUGUAUCUCGAGCCAAUCUUUACGUCCGAAGACAUAUCUCGCCAGUUGCCCAAUGAGGCUAAGAAAUAUAACAACAUGGAGAGGAUAUGGCGUAGGAUUAUGGGGACCGCCGCAUCUUGCAAUAAGAUAAUGGUGAUAUGCCCGGACAGUCGACUGCUAGACAGUUUGAUAGAGGCGCGUCACCUCCUAGCCGUGGUGUCCCGUGGUCUGAACGAAUACAUGGAGUUGAAGAGAAUGCGCUUCCCGCGCUUCUUCUUCCUCAGCGACGAUGAACUGCUGGAGAUUCUCUCGCAGUCCAGAAACCCUAAGGCCGUCCAGCCACACUUGAGAAAGUGCUUCGAGAAUAUUGCCAAGGUAACUUUCGAAUACGACAUGAAGAUCACCCAGAUGCAUUCAAGCGAGGGCGAGAUAGUCGACCUCCGUUACAAGUUCUACCCCAGCAUGAACGUAGAGAUGUGGCUGCUGCUGCUUGAAGACACCAUGAGACAUACAAUACGUCUGACGCUGAUCGACGGACUGACGGAGCUGUGGCAACUGCCGCGGAACCAGUGGGUGCUGCGGUGGCCCGGCCAAGUAGUGAUCGCGGGCUCGCAGACCGCCUGGACCGCAGGCGUUGAGAACGCAAUCAACGAGUACCGCAUGGACGAGUAUUUCCACGAGAUGCUAGAGUGUCUGGACAGUCUUCGAGCGCUAGUAAAGGGCGACCUCACAUUCUUCCAACGAGAGAUCCUAUGUGCGCUCAUAGUGAUCGAAGUACAUGCGCGUGACGUCACGCGCACGCUAGUCGACGAGAACAUCAAGAACAUACACGACUUCCAGUGGACUUGCCAACUCAGAUACUACCAGAUAGUAAAGGAGGCGUACCCUCUAGAGGAGGGUGAAUCGGCGGAAAUUUACCAAACUGAGGAACAUUUGGACACCUCUGCCUACUACCGGCAGUUCAGUCUGAACAUCUGCGAAGUUCGGGCGCUUAACUCCGUCUUUCCCUACGCGAAUGAAUAUUUGGGCAACAGUGGUCGGUUGGUGAUAACUCCGUUGACUGAUCGUUGCUACCUGACUCUCAUGUGCGCCAUGCACCUCAAGUUCGGUGGAGCGCCCGCGGGUCCUGCCGGCACUGGCAAGACAGAGACCACUAAGGAUUUGGCCAAAGCCUUGGCUGUGCAAUGCGUAGUGUUCAACUGUUCUGACCAGCUCGACUUCAUGGCGAUGGGCAAGUUCUUCAAAGGACUGGCCGCGUCCGGUGCAUGGGCGUGUUUUGACGAGUUCAAUAGAAUUGAUAUUGAAGUACUCUCAGUGGUAGCGCAACAGGUGGUGACGAUACAAAAAGCGCAGAUUGCUCGCCUGGACAAAUUUAUGUUCGAAGGUUGCGAACUGGCACUCAAAGCUUCGUGCUCUGUGUUCAUCACUAUGAACCCUGGUUACGCAGGACGAACGGAACUGCCGGACAAUCUGAAGGCGUUGUUCCGCCCCAUCGCGAUGAUGGUGCCCAACUACGCGCUGAUCGCUGAGAUAUCACUCUUCUCGUUCGGGUUCUCCGAAGGCAAGAUCCUCGCCGGCAAAAUCACCACUACUUUCCGACUCAGCUCCGAGCAACUGUCUUCUCAGGACCAUUACGACUUCGGCAUGCGCGCGGUGAAGACAGUGAUAACGGUGGCUGGUAACCUGAUCCGCCAGAUGCCUGAUGGCGACGAGCGGCAGAUAGUGCUGCGUGCGCUCCGAGACGUGAACGUGCCAAAGUUCCUGGUUGACGACCUGGUGCUCUUCAAUGGUAUAAUAUCGGAUCUGUUCCCACGAGUUGAGAUACCGAUUGUGGACUACGGCAUAAUGGAGCAGUCUAUAAGAAACAUGCUAAUUAAGCGAGGAUACGAUGAUCAGUACUCUUUUAUAUUCAAGGUAAUCCAGUUGUAUGAAACGACUGUGGUACGACAUGGCUUGAUGUUGGUAGGACCCGCCGGUUCCGGGAAAACCAAAUGUUACGAAGUCCUCCGCGAUGCGCUUACAGCUAUAAAAGGCAAGUUGGCUCCUGACGGGUUUCCAUUCACGCCAGUGCAUUCGUUCGUCGUCAACCCUAAGUCCAUCACCAUGGGCCAGCUGUAUGGAGAGUUCGAUCUGCAGACCCACGAAUGGACUGACGGGAUACUAUCAAGUCUGGUCCGUAUCGGUAUUGCGGUAGAAGAUAUGGACAAACGCUGGUAUGUCUUCGACGGGCCUGUCGACGCUGUUUGGAUUGAAAACAUGAACACGGUGCUAGAUGACAACAAGAAGCUCUGCUUGUCUAGCGGUGAGAUAAUGAAGCUGACAGAUCGACAGCGCAUGAUCUUCGAAGUGGCGGAUCUGGCUGUCGCAUCUCCCGCCACAGUGUCGCGGUGCGGUAUGGUCUACCUCGACACAUCUGUGGUUGGACUACCACCGCUUGUCAACGCUUGGAUAAGGACUGGAUUGCCGCCGCUCGCAGAAAAUAUACGCAAAAUCCUACCGGGUCUCGUGACGACAUACUUGUACCCGGCUCUAGACCUACUGCGCAGUCAGCUUACGGAGAUCGUAGUGUCAAUCGACUCGUCCCUGGUGCUCAAGUUCAUCGAGCUCAUAGACUACCGCUUCCGCCCGCUCACUGGCAAGGACGAUCGCCCGCCGCCCGCCGGACAGUUUCUGUCGCUUAUGCCUCGCCUGGCGCCUCUGUGGGUGGUGUGGGCGGUGAUCUGGUCGGUGGGCGCGACGUGCGACCAUAACGGACGUGCAGUGUUCUCGGACUUCAUACGCCAAAUCACCGAGGAGAACGGGCUCAAACCGCUCUUCCCGAAGGAAGGCCGCGUCUAUGAUUACACGCUCCACGACGGCGGCUACUCGGACAUGACAGAAGACGGCGAGCCAGCGGCCCCGUACUGGUACAACUGGAUGGCUAACUUGCAGCCCUACGUCGUCGAUCCUGAGUGGAACUUCUCUGACAUCGAAGUCCCAACGCUUGAUAACGUGCGCAGUGCGGCGAUUCUCGGCUACAAGGUAGCCAAUUACAACCACGUAAUCUGUGUUGGAGGCACGGGCACUGGCAAGACGGUUACAAUCACCUCUAAACUUACCAGAGGACUGCACAAGAAGUUCAUUUGCGAGUUCAUCGUGUUCUCCGCCAGGACUUCUGCUAAUCAGACCCAGGACGUGAUAGACAGUAAGCUGGAUCGUCGCAAGCGCGGCGUGUUCGGGCCGCCCCCUACCAAGCGGCAAGUGUUCUUCAUUGACGACCUCAAUAUGCCAGCGUUGGAAGUAUACGGUGCUCAACCCCCUAUAGAACUCCUCCGGCAGUUCAUGGACUUUUCUGGGUGGUACGACCGCACGAACAUCGGCGACUUCCGCACAUUGGUGGACGUGGGCAUCGUAGCGGCGAUGGGGCCGCCCGGGGGAGGCCGCAACCCCGUCACCAUGCGGCUCAUGAGACACUUCCACUACAUCUCCUUCACUGAAAUGGAGUACGCUAGCAAGUAUCUAAUCUUCGCAACGAUUCUCAAUUCAUGGGCGAAGAACCUAUCUGCAGGUGUAACGUUCCGUGAGAAUCCAAUAAUCAAGGGUUCUAUAGAUAUAUUCACCAAUCUCGUAGAAGAGCUACUGCCCACACCAGCGAAACCGCACUACACCUUUAACCUGCGAGACCUUAGUAAAGUGUUCCAAGGGAUUCUGAUGAUGGACACCAAAAAUGUUAAGCACGAAGACGAUAUAAUCAGACUGUGGUUCCAUGAGCACCAGCGAGUGUACCAAGAUCGUCUCGCCACCAACGAAGAUAGACAAUGGUUUAUCAACGUUCUAAACAAAAAGAUUCGGUCAGAGUUCGGUCGCAAGCCCGCCGAAAUCCUGAGCGGCCGUCUCAUGCUAUUUGGUGACUUCAUGGACCUCUCCGCAGACGAACGGAAGUACGUCGAGAUCACCGACCAGGAAUUGUUGAGCGAGGUGUUAGAAAACUACCUAGAAGAGUAUAACCUGGCGACGACAGUGCCGCUACAAUUGGUGUUGUUUGAAGACGCCGUGGCUCACUUAUGCCGAAUAUCAAGGAUCAUGCGACAACCUAUGGCCAACGCCCUGCUGCUUGGAAUGGGCGGAUCUGGCCGGCAAUCCCUGACUCGGCUAGCAGCCAGCAUGGCUGAGCUGACAUGCAUGCAGAUUGAGAUCACAAAGGCAUACGGGCUGUCGGAGUGGCGCGACGACCUCAAGAAGACGAUGAUGCGCGCCGGCGCCGAAAACAGAGGCACUGUCUUCUUGUUCUCUGAUGCACAGAUAAAAAUGGAGUCAUUCUUGGAGGAUCUGAACAACAUAUUGAGUUCGGGCGACGUGCCGAACAUCUACGAGGUAGAAGACCUGGACCAGAUCUACCAAUCUGUGCGUCAUGCAGUGAUGGAGAUGAGUCUGCCGGCCACCAAGACGAAUCUAUUCGGGUGCUACCAGAAACGAGUGCGGAGUAACCUGCAUAUUGUUAUCGUCAUGAGUCCCAUUGGCGAGCUGUUCCGCGCGCGCCUGCGUCAGUUCCCGUCUCUAGUGAACUGCUGCACCAUAGAUUGGUUCAGCGAGUGGCCCAAAUCGGCUCUGGAGUCGGUCGCCAAACACUUCUUCGAGAACAUGUACGAAUUGGACACUACUCAGGAAAUAUACGACGGAAUGGUUGCGAUAUGUUGCAACGCCCACCAAAGCGUAGUGGACGCGAGUGUUCGUUUCCUACACGAGCUGAACCGUUUGAACUAUGUCACGCCUAUGUCCUACAUGGAAAUGCUUGGCGCGUACGCAGAAAUGUUCCGCAAGAGGCAAAAUGCUAUAUUAACUGAAUCUGGAGCGCUGAAAACUGGUCUAGACAAGUUGGACCAGACGGAGGUUGAAGUGAAGCAGCUUCAGAUUGAGUUGGCAGAGCUGAAGCCGUUAAUGGAGCGCGCCGCUGCCGAGACUGCCAAGGUCAUCGAGCAGAUCGCCAUCGAUACGGCAAUAGCAGAAGAAGCACGCGUGAAGGUGGAAAAGGAACAAGCUAUUGCGAGCAAAAUGGCGGCUGAGACUACAUUGAUGGCUGAAGACGCCCAGAAAGACCUUGACGAGGCGAUGCCCGCACUGCUCGCCGCGGAGAAAGCACUACAAGAGCUGAAUCGUAACGAUGUGGUGGAGGUGAAGGCGAUGAAGAAACCGCCCGCUGGAGUGUUGCUCGUCAUCGAGUCGCUCUGUGUCGUAUUCGAUAUUAAGCCAGUCAAGGAAGCGGGCGCGAGUUUCGGCGAGAAGGUCCUGAACUACUGGAAGCCAGGGUCACUUAUGCUGACUGACCCCACCGCCUUCUUAGAGUCGCUGAUGAAGUUUGACAAAGAAUCCAUCACAGAAGAUAUGAUCAAGAAACUGAAGCGAUUCGUAACCGAUCCCAACUAUGAUCCGAAGAAAAUUUUAAAGGUAUCAAAAGCGUGCAUGUCUCUAUGUAUGUGGGUGCACGCGAUGUACAAGUUCUAUCAUGUGAACAAGGGGGUGGCGCCGAAGAAGGCAGCGCUACAGGCCGCUUCGGAUGAACUAGCCGCCGUAGAAGCAAUGCUGGAGGCGGCGGAAGCGAAGAUGCGAGCUUUGUUAGAAGGCAUCGCCAAACUGAACGCGUAUUUGCAAGAGAAGGAAGAAGAGAAAUGGCGCAUGGAAACUGACAUCAACCUGUGUCUUGAAAGAAUGGACCGUGCUAACAGAUUAAUAAACGGCAUGAAGAGUGAGCGCGUCCGCUGGAUCCAGACCAUAGCGCAGCUGGAUAUAGACAUAGUGAACCUGAUCGGAGACAUCCUGGUGAGCGCCAUCGCAGUCGGAUACAUCACGCCCUUCACCGAGGAGUACCGGCGUGAGCUGCUCGGGCUAUGGAUAGACUCCAUCAAGGAAAUGGGGGUACCUCACACGGAAAAUGCUACGCCACUAUCGGUUCUUGGAGAUCCAGUUCAGAUACGUACCUGGCAGAUGUAUGGUCUGCCGCGCGACCCGCUAUCGGUGGAGUCUGCGGUGCUCAUGUCCAACUCCCGUCGGUGGCCGCUCAUCAUAGACCCUCAAACACAAGCCAACAAGUGGAUCCGCGCUAUGGGCAAAAUCGAGGGAUUGAUAGUAUGCAAGCCGAACGACAGGGAUUUGCUGAGAAGCUUCGAGUCGGCGCUGCGGUUCGGUAAACCAAUUCUAUUGGAGAAUGUCGGCCAGGAGGUGGAUCCUGCGCUAGAUCCGGUGCUAAAGCGACAAUACUUCCGUCAAGCCGGGCAACUGGUGCUAAAGCUGGGCGAGUCCCUCAUCCCGUAUAUGCCGGGGUUCCGGCUCUACAUCACCACCAAGCUGCCCAACCCGCGCUACACGCCCGAGACUUCUGUCAAGGUGCAGGUUGUCAACUUCGCGCUUGUGCCUAGCGGUCUAUCUGAACAGCUACUAUCAAUAGUAGUAGCACAAGAGCGUCCGGAUCUAGAAGAACUACGUGGUCAGCUGAUCGUGUCGCGCGCCCAGAUGGCCACGCAACUAGCUGAGAUGCAGUCAGACAUCCUGUACGGACUGUCCAACAGCGAGGGAUCGCCUGUCGAUGAUCUACCCCUCAUCCUCACCUUAGAAGCUAUCAAGAUCAAAAGCGCUGAGAUUACUGUGAAAGUAGAAGAUAUAGAGCGCACAACAGCGGCGAUAGACGAGACACGCGGCGGGUACGUGCCGGUGGCCAACCGUGGUCAGAUCCUGUUCUUCUGUCUGUCGGCUAUGGCCAACGUCGAUCCCAUGUACCAGUACUCGCUCGAGUGGUUUGUCAAGCUCUUCAUACGCAGCAUGGCUGAGACUGAACCAAACGAGGACAUAGUGGAGCGUGUGGAGACAAUCAUCCACCACUUCACGUUCCUGCUGUACCAAAACGUAUGCCGCAGCCUUUUCGAGCGACACAAGCUGUUGUUCGCGUUCCUAGUGUGCGUGCGUAUACUCAUCGACAAGGGCGUCAUACGAUACAGCGAGUAUAGCUUCUUGCUUAUUGGCGGCAAGAUUCUGGAGGAAACGGAGAACCCAGACCCGAAAUGGAUUUCGGAGCGCAUGUGGCUCAAUAUCCAGCAGAUGGCCAGUCUGCCGACCAUGAACAAGUUUGUCACCCACGAUUUCCCCGCACAGCUCAAGUUCUUCAAAAAUUAUUACGACGCUAUGAAUCCGCAUAGGUUACCUUUACCAAAGCCACUGGAUUCGCAGCUGGAUACCUUCCAAAAACUUUUGAUAUUAAAGUGCUUACGCCCUGAUAAGUUGAUUCCGGGACUGCAGGACUACGUGGUGCACGGUCUGGGGGCGCGGUUCGUGGAGCCGCAGCCGGCGGACCUGGCCGCGUUGUAUGCUGAGUCGGACCCGCUGGCGCCCAUCAUCUUUGUGCUCUCCACUGGCACAGAUCCUGCCGCAGAUUUGCUGAAAUUCGCUGAUAAGAUGAAAAUGGGGAAGCGCUUCGAGAGCAUCUCCCUGGGACAGGGGCAGGGACCGCUAGCGGAAGCCAUGCUGCGGGCUGGUGGAGACUUCGGAAACUGGGUGUUCUUCCAGAAUUGCCACUUGUCGCCAUCUUGGAUGCCGGUGCUGGAGUUGGCAGUGGAGCAGAUCCAACCGGAAGUGGUGCACAAGGACUUCCGGCUGUGGCUCACCUCCACACCGUCGCCUUUUUUCCCUGUUGCGCUGCUUCAGAAUGGGUACAAAAUGACAAUAGAGCCACCUCGUGGAAUCAAGGCGAAUCUGUUGAAGGCCUACAUCAACCAAAUACCGGACUUUUUAGAUUUCUUCAUGUCUAGUGAUCCUAAAGUUCCUAAUUUCAAGUUCUUGUUAUUCUCCCUGUGCUUGUUCCACGGUGUGGUCCUGGAGCGCCGUAAGUUCGGCCCGCUAGGGUUCAACAUCCCGUACGAGUUCACCGACGGAGACUUGAGGAUAUGCAUCUCUCAGCUGCACAUGUUCCUUACCGAGUACACCGAAGUGCCGCUCCGGAUGUUGACAUACACAGCAGGGCAUAUCAACUACGGCGGGCGAGUGACCGACGACUGGGACCGGCGAUGUCUACUGUACUUACUGAGUGAUUACUACACUCUAACUGUGCUCAGCGAACGAUACGUCUUUGACGAGAACGGAUUUUAUAAGCAACAACCGACGUCGUCCACCGUCGAGGACUACCAGCGCUACAUCCGCACGUUGCCGCUCAACGAUGACCCCGCUCUCUUCGGACUACACUCCAACGCUAACAUCUCGUACGCCAUGUCCGAAACCAACAGCAAUAUCACGACCCUGUGCAACCUGCAACCAAAGGAGAAGGCCGGAGAAGGCGGAUUGACUGCCGAAGAGAUGACAGAACGUGCCGCCAAGGAAAUUCUCUCGGAGUUGCCUGAACAGCUCGAUAUCAAACAGAUUUCUGCUACGUAUCCAGUGUCCUAUAAGGAAUCGCUGAACACUGUGUUGGUGCAAGAGGCAAUACGAUACAACAAGUUACUGGGUGUCAUCAAAACGUCGCUGAGGGAUCUCCUCAAGGCCCUGAAAGGCUUGGUGGUGAUGUCUGAGGCUUUGGAGAGCAUGUCGCGAUCGCUGUCCAUCAAUACGGUGCCUGUCAUGUGGAGCUCCAAGGCCUAUCCCUCGCUCAAGCCGCUGGCGGCGUGGGUGAAGGACCUGAUAGCGCGCGUGAACUUCAUGCAGGCGUGGGUGACGGGCGGCAUCCCCAAGGUGUUCUGGAUCUCGGGGUUCUUCUUCCCGCAGGCCUUCCUCACUGGCGCGCUGCAGAACUACGCGAGGAAACACGUCAUCGCCAUCGACACUAUUGGCUAUGCUUUUGAGGCGUUGUCGAAAGUGCCCGACAAGAAAUACGAAGACGGGUGCUGCGUGCGUGGGCUGUUCUUGGAGGGCGCUCGCUGGAACAUGGGCGACAUGUCGCUGGAAGAGAGCAAGCCCAAGGAACUGCAUACAGAAAUGACGAUAAUCUACAUGAAGCCGGAGCAGAACCACAAGUUGAGGGAGGGUCUGUACGAGUGUCCGACAUACAAGACGCUGCUGCGCGCCGGGACACUGUCCACCACGGGUCACUCCACCAACUACGUCAUGACCAUAGAGCUACCCACCCACAAACCCCAGUCCCACUGGAUUAAGCGCGGCGUAGCUCUAUUCUGCGCUUUAGAUUAUUAAUCUUCUAUUAUUGUUAUAUUAUUCUAGUCUGUUAUUAUGAUAUCAAUAAAUUGUUAAAUUUUUUAAA